AUGGGAGGAAAGCGCAACCAACGCAAAUCGAGCCACAGCGGAGCUCCCGUGCGCAAUCAUCGCUUGUCGCAACGCUCAUUGCCACCGAGAAAGAUGCCUCCCUUCAAGGAUGAGCAUAUCCUGCUAAUUGCGCCAGGUUCGCAAGUGACCUUGGCGCAGCUUGGUCUCCCCGAAACAUUCACGCCCGCGCGAUUCCGAUUCCCAACGCGCAUGUUCCCUGCCGAGAAGAAGGGAGAAUAUGAGCCUUAUCGUGUUCACGAGAGACGUCAAGUGGUCAAGGUCAACAAUGGCACGGAAGCCCCUAAGCCCGAUGUGGAGAUGAAGGACGCUGAGCCCGUCGCGGCUGAUAGUGCCCCAGCCACAGAAGAUACCACCAAACCCGAUGGAAAUCCUGAAGAAAAUGGCGAGUCAGCCAAGACUAUUGAAGAGGUCUUUUACGAGGAAGAUCCGACAUCCGAUGAAGGGGCAAUCUACCCGAUCGAGAACGGGCGCAUCGUCGACUGGCCCUGUUUCUUCGCCCUGCUUACUCACAUCCAUAACACCUUGAGCCCACCUUUCCACACCCCAAUUAUGCUCAUUGGUGAGCCUGUCUGGUCUGCACGCGAUCGCGAGGCAAUCGCUCAAUUCGUCUUUGAGAAGUUCAAGGCACCCGCAUUUAGUCUUAUGGACUCUGCCCUUGCAGCUUGCUACGGCUAUGGUACAGCUACAGCCACUGUUGUAGAUGUUGGUAAGGGCAAAGUUGACGUUACUGCCGUGACCGAUUUCUCGGUCAACGACCACGGUAGGGGAAUUGCACUAGAGGGAUGUGGUGGAGAUGCCAUGACCGAUCGUCUUGUCGAGCUGCUUGGUCCGAAGGGAUUCACGAGAGAAAUGUGCGAGCAACUCAAGCGAAGUAACAUCGCGGAGAUUCUGCCCACGGGAACACCGUUGCCUGGAUCUUCUGCUACUGCACGCCAGGGCGCCAACCCUGCUGCUGCCGCCUCGACAGGUGGAUCAGAUGCGAACGAGUCUGCUCCCCGUGGUCCAGGUGACGGCACUCAGACAGGAAUAGAGGGAAGUAAUGUUGAUGAGGAUGAGGGUGUCCUUGAUGUCGCUGCGAUUGUCAGUGGCAACACCACUGAAUACCUUGCCAAUAUUGAGAAAGAAAAGACGACUACCAAGAAAGGUGCAGCUGAUCCUAAAGGAGCCCGUUUGCCCAACUCGAAGAAAGAGAAAGCGUCCUUCCAAUUCGAGGAGUUUGUUCAACUGGAAGGAGAGAAGGCGGGAGCCCACGGCUCUCGGCAGUACAUCCGUCAUACUCGUGACAUCGAAGUUAGUGUCGAACGUUUCCUCUUGACAUCGCCUCGUUCAAAGACUGGGGACCGCCUUAGUGGUGGUAUUCUAGAAGAUAUCGCGACUCAGAUCCACCACACUAUCCUUGCUGUCCCAGAUGCUACAAAGCGAAGCGAGCUUUGGGACUCUUUAAUUAUCGUUGGAUGCGGAAGCAAGGUAAAGGGCUUCACUCAGGCUCUGCUCGCUGUCAUCACACAGAAGUUCAUACUUUCUCCGUCCGCCACUAUCUUCACAUCUGAAAUUCCUUCCAACUUCACCACACCUCUUCCAACUGGUGGCACCAAUACACCGGCACCCAUGGGUCAGCCUGGGCCAAUGUACCACCCGGCAGCACAUGGAGUGAAUCCUCUCCUUGUAGCAGCGACUCACAACAAUCCUGGUAUGCCCGGUGGUAUGCCUGGUACACCCUCCAUGGACCCCAGCAUGGCAUCACACUACCGGUCAACCGGCCACUCUCAAACUCCAACCUCAGUCAAGACUUUGAAGCUUCCCGAGUAUUUCCCAGACUUCAAAGACCAAGGCAACAGCAACGCUCCCGGUGCGAGCAGUGGUGGUGCUGGGCCCAACGCAUCUGGCGCGUCCCAGGGUGGUCGUGGAAUGGAAGAGGCCAUUUUCCUUGGUGCCCAGAUGGCUGCCAAGGUCUUCUUUGUUCUUGAUCAGGGUCUCAGCAAGGGAUACAUGAGCCGGGCCGAGUAUAACGAGAGCGGGCCGUCUGCAAUUCACGAAUAUAUUCUGUAA